AAGUCACAUGACACGCCACACUUCUUGCUUCCGGGUAGAGAAGGCGGGUUUUUGUGAGUGUGAAUGGGCCGGGUCGCGAGGCUUCGGGGGUGGGUCACCUUCUCUAAACUCCCGCCUGGAUCCCUGACAUCGUCCACACUGUUCUCGGCGCCUCUCAGAAGCCGGAACCGCACAUUCACGUCGCCCCUGUGUGCUGCUGCUCGUUCUGCUGGUAUGGCGGAGGAGGCGAAGAAGCUAGCCGCAUACGCCGCGGUGGACAACCACGUCCAGAACAACCAGGUGGUCGGAGUGGGCAGCGGGUCCACCAUCGUCUAUGCGGUGGACAGACUAGCGGAGAGAGUGCGCCAAGAGAAACUGAACAUUGUGUGUGUCCCCACCUCAUUCCAGGCCCGUCAGCUGAUUCUGCAGCACGGUCUGGUGCUGUCUGAUCUGGACAGACACCCUGAGCUGGAUGUCGCCAUCGACGGAGCAGAUGAAGUAGAUGCAGAUCUGACGUUAAUUAAAGGUGGAGGUGGGUGCUUGACUCAGGAGAAGAUUGUAGCAGGCUGCGCCAAACAUUUCAUCGUCGUCGCAGAUUACAGGAAGGACUCCAAGUCUCUGGGCCAGCAGUGGAAGAAGGGUGUUCCCAUCGAGGUGGUCCCCAUGGCCUACGUCCCCGUCUCCAGGAGGAUCGUCCAACACUUUGGAGGGGAGGCCAACUUAAGAAUGGCUGUCAGUAAAGCUGGUCCCGUGGUGACAGACAACAGUAACUUCAUUGUGGACUGGAAGUUUGAGGGCGCUCAGAAGUGGAAGGACAUAAACCGUGCCAUCAAGAUGAUUCCAGGGGUGGUGGAAACAGGACUCUUUGUGGGCAUGGCAGAGCGGGCCUACUUUGGCAUGGAGAAUGGAAGCGUGCAGAUGCGGGACGCUCCAGUCAACUGAGGAGUUAAGACUCGGCAUCUUCUUCUGAAGGACUUCUCCGUGGAAGUGGACACAUCUCAUAACCGCCUCUUGAGUCUGCUUACGGUGCAAGUGUCUCAUUAGUUUUUCCCACUUGACCCUGUGUGGUCCCAUGGAAUAUUGAGAUUUAUUAUUGCCGGAAUGCAUACAAUACAUGCAAGACGUGCCUCCACAAUAUAUCUGCAGUUGUAUUAAGAAUGAAGCCAUGAAGAAAACAAACGAUACCGGUGACCAUGUUAUUAUAUGUUGUGCUCAGGAGAAAUUAUGGAUGAAAAAUGGAUCCUAUUUUCUAUAAAACAAUCACGUAGCCGAGAGUGAAGAUUGGAAUGCGGUUGUGGCUCAGUUCGGGUUUCAUCAGCACUUCCUGUCUUUCAACUCGCUGAAUGUGUUUUCAACACAUGCCUCGCUCAACUAGUGCCUGUCAAGUCUACCUACGUUUACGUUUUACACUUGUUUACACACUCAGCCGUGUGUCACCAUGCUCUUUGCAACGAUGCUGCUUCAUCUUGUCUUUUCGAUGGACAUUUUGGGCUUCAUCUCACGUCUCAUGACUGUUGUGCUGUAAUUUCACGCAGAGUCCGCAAGGUGCUCAAUAUAUACUGUAUGCACCUGUUUGCUUCCAGUACAUGUUGGUAUGUUACACAAACUAUCAUGUUUUGAACCAGCAACUGAAUUAAUUCCUCUUUGACAGUGUGACUGUGAUUAUCUUAAGUUUACUGUUUUUUUGCAAUGCAAAUAGAUGACCAAAAUGUGCCUCUGUUGUAAUUCUGUGUGUUCCAUUUCAUUUCGAAAUAAAAUAGAAAACGAUGAGGAAAAA